AUGGCGAGCCGACAGGAUGGUUCCUCCCUCGGCUCCCGGCGGUCGGGUGGACGGAAUGUAGGCCAGUUUGCCAUCGACAAAGAGAUUGGCAAAGGAAGCUUUGCGCAAGUCUAUAUGGGCUGGCAUAAGGAAACAAAGGCUGCAGUGGCCAUCAAAUCCGUCGAACUAGAUCGCCUGAACAAGAAACUGAAAGAAAACCUAUAUGGCGAAAUCCAAAUCCUCAAGACCCUACGGCAUCCGCACAUCGUUGCUCUCCAUGACUGUCUCGAAUCCGCUACACACAUUAACCUUGUCAUGGAAUACUGCGAGCUCGGUGACCUUUCCCUCUUCAUCAAGAAACGUGACAAGCUCAUUACCCAUCCUGCCACCCACGACAUGGCCCGCAAGUAUCCCAGCGCCCCUGACUCUGGCCUUCACGAGGUCGUCAUCCGCCAUUUCCUCAAGCAGUUGGCGAGUGCCCUGGAGUUCCUACGGAGCAAGAACUACGUCCACCGAGAUGUCAAGCCGCAGAACCUCUUGCUGCUGCCCUCACAAGCAUUUAGGGAAAAGCGAAACCUCCCCAUCAUGGAGGCAAGCCAGGAUUCGUUGAUACCAAUGUCCGGCAUCGCUUCCCUGCCGAUGCUGAAGCUUGCUGACUUUGGAUUCGCCCGUGUAUUGCCCUCAACGUCUCUCGCCGACACCCUUUGCGGCUCACCCUUGUACAUGGCCCCUGAGAUCCUCCGUUAUGAGCGGUACGACGCCAAGGCUGACUUAUGGUCCGUCGGCACUGUCCUGUAUGAAAUGAUUUCGGGGAAGCCCCCUUUCCGCGCGAGAAACCACGUCGAACUGCUGAGGAAGAUAGAAGCUGCCGAAGACGUCAUCAAGUUCCCCAAAGAAGUGAUCAUUACAUCUGAAAUGAAAUCCCUAGUAAGAAGCCUGCUCAAGAGGAGCCCCGUGGAGAGGCUGAGCUUUGAAAACUUCUUUUCCCACCCCAUCGUCGUUAAUGAGAUCCCCGGACUGGUCGAGGAUGACGUUCCAAGGCCCGCCAGGCGUGAGCCCAAGUCAAUCCCCCAAGCAGAGCCUACGGCAACGUCACCGCGCGUUGGCUCUCUGCGAAACGGAGGCUUCGAACCUGCGCCUGCCCGAUCGUCUCGGGAGCAACUGCCUCGGUCAUCGCCGCUGAUGGAGAGUCCCAGCGAGGGCCGACAUCGGCCGCCCUCCGGUGAGAUUCACCGACGGUCAAAUUCACCCCGGGAGACUGGAGCCGCAGGCCUGGGUAUUCAGCGCCCGACGGUACCCCAUGCAGCAUCACUCCCGAAUCAUCCCAGGGUUUCUAGGCAGUCUUUGCACAACACCUCGCCGCCUUCCUCCUUAAGCCAAGACAUCCGCAAGGCUCGGAUUCCAAGCAAGGCUCUGACAGAGGAAGAGGAAAAGGCGGCUCAAGAUGUCAUGUUCGAAAGGGAUUAUGUGGUUGUUGAGAGGAGGCACGUCGAAGUAAAUGCGCUUGCAGAUGAGUUGGCCGCAAACGAGAAGCUCGCCUCGCAGAGCCCGACUUCUCUGAAAUCGAAGCCACUGGUCAGGCAUUUCUCGCAGCAGGGGCCCCCAAAUUCUACCACUGGAGCCGUCGCAGCUCCCCCAUCGCGGACGCAGCUUAUCACGCAGGGCCGGGCCGGCCAAGACCGGCGCUCGUCGUACGAGAAGGCCUUGUCUGCAAGCCCCGGGUCGGCUUCGAGCGCCAUCACCAAGGCUAUCCAGGAUGCCAGCCUCCGCCUGUUUGGUGUCAGGAUGCCCAUUCGCCCCAAGGGUCAAUCUCCACCAAUGUACCAGCCGUUCCCGGCAUAUCCGACGCCGCCAACCUCGGCCGGACUCAUUGGAGACGGGAAGAACAUUGCGUCAGAGGACGACGAUGUCCGCUCCGCGCAGGUCAUUGAAGACCUCGCCACCCGAAGUGACUGUGUCUAUGGAUUCGCCGAGGUCAAAUACAAGCAGCUUGUCCCCAUGGCACCAUCCACAAAUCAUGGACUGGGAGGCAUUGCAGCCGACCAGUUAUCAGUGGACGACGAAGGUCUUACAGCCGAAGCCGUGGUGGCACUCUCUGAAGAGGCUUUGGUACUCUAUGUGAAGUCACUUUCUCUUUUGGCACGGGCCAUGGACAUUGCCAGCAUCUGGUGGUCCAAGAAGAGCAAGGGAGAUGUUACCACCGGCCUGUCGGCGGCAGUCUCUCAGUCUGUCGUCCAGCGCAUUAACGCCGUGGUCCAAUGGGUGCGACAGCGCUUCAAUGAGGUGCUGGAGAAGUCCGAGAUUGUUCGCUUGAAGCUCAUCGAAGCUCAGAAGCAGCUGCCAGAGGACCACCCAAGCCACCCGUCAAACCAAGGAGUGGACUCGAUCAUGUCCUCGGCAGGAUCUGGGAUGGACCAGGUAUACCUCACACCAGGCAUCACAGCUGAAAAGCUGAUGUAUGACCGAGCUCUCGAGAUGAGUCGAACUGCGGCUAUUGAUGAAGUCACAAAUGAGAACUUGCCUGGUUGUGAGAUUUCAUACAUCACGGCCAUCCGCAUGCUCGAGGCUGUGUUGGACAGCGGUGAUGACGCAGGUCUUACACGAACCAAGGAGAGCUGCAGCGAUCUCGAGAGCGAUGAGGAAGCUCAUAUCCGAAAGAUGAUUACUAUGAUCUCAGGCCGGCUUUCCAUGGUCCGCAAGAAGCAGCGCAUGAUUGCCGAAGCCAACAGCAGAACACAACUAACCCGUCGACGAAGUGGCGAUGUUACGCCUCGCAGUCCUCUCUCACAAGCGUCGACUUAA